CAGAGGUUCGGACAUGUGUGUGAGGAAGGAAGGAGCAGCCUCUCUCCAAGAUGGCAGCGACCAUAGACAACAGCAAUGCCGUUCAGGCAACAAAGAAAAAGCACCUCGGGAUCCCCGAAGCAGCGUUUGUGGAGGAUGUCGACUCUUUUAUGAAGCAGCCCGGCAACGAGACGGCAGAUGCAGUGCUGAGGAGGCUGGACGAACAGUACCAGAAAUAUAAAUACAUGGAGCUCAACCUGUCUCAGAAGAAACUCAGGUUGAAAAAUCAAAUCCCGCAAAUCACACAGACGCUAGAAAUCCUCCGACACAUGCAGAAGAAAAAGGAGACCACAGAGCCCAUGGAGACACACUUCCUAUUGGCUGACAAUGUUUACUGCAAGGCCUCAGUGCCGCCCACCGACAAAGUCUGCCUAUGGUUAGGGGCCAAUGUCAUGUUAGAGUACGACAUUGACGAGGCCCAGGCUCUCCUAGAGAAGAACCUAUCCACGGCAUCUCGUAACCUAGAGACCCUCGUGGAGGAUCUGGAUUUCCUGCGAGACCAGUUCACCACCAUCGAAGUCAACAUGGCACGAGUCUACAACUGGGACGUGAAGAGAAGGAGCAAAGAGAACCUCCUCAAAUCAGCAGACAAGUCUUAAUAUCGACAAGGCAGCGUCCACGUCCCCUUCUGCUAACAUACUUCUCUUUAGUCAAUAAAAAAAACAAACAGU